AUGUCAGCCGACACUGUGGCAAAAACCUUUUUUUCUGUAUGGAUUUCACAGUUUGGUGUAACCGAGUACGUUACCACGGACCAAGGACGGCAGUUCGAAUCUCAAUUAUUUACUGCAUUAACAAAAUUCUUGGGAACUAAAAAGAUCCAUACAUCACCGUACCACCCGAAUUCCAAUGAACUUGUUGAGAGGUUCCAUCGCUCUCUUAAACAGGCCAUUAGAUGCCAUACUGCUAUUCACUGGGUUGAUGUCCUUCCUACUGUGUUGUUAGAACUCAGAACGGCUAUCAAAGAGGACCUGGGUUCUUCAAGUGCUGAAAUUGUUUAUGGUACCAAUUUACGUUUACCGGGAGAUUUUAUAAAUCCCGCAAAAAACUCACCCAAUGUCCAGCCCCAUGUAUUCCUCAAACAAUUGCAUGAAACCAUGGCUGCAUUAUACCCUAAGCCCACAAACAUACAUUCUUCAAGACCUGUGUUUGUGCUUAAAGAACUCGCUACAUCCUCACAUGUGUUCUUACGGUGUGAUGCAUCAAAAAAGUCCUUGGAGCCUACCUAA